AUGCUGUGGCGUGACCUGAAGGCAUGGCAGGUCUAUGGCGCCAAUACAAACGUCGGCAAGACCAUUGUGUCGACGCUGCUGUGUCGAGCUCUCCAGACUCCUGACCAGCGUGUGCUGUAUUUGAAGCCUGUCUCCACUGGACCCCGGGACGAGGAAGAUGUAGGACACAUCGACACCUUUGUGCCCGGGACGGUGUCGAAGAACAUCUCGCAGUUCUCACGUCCAUUGAGCCCCCAUCUGGCGGCUCAAUUGGACAAAGACCCAUCGAUCCCGCGGUCAGAUGCCUCAAUACUGUCCAAAGUCAAGGCCAUCCUGGGCAAGCAUGUCGAGGCCGGAGGCCGGUAUGCUUUCGUCGAGACUGCCGGGGGCGUCCUGUCCCCUGGCCCCUCCGGCACCGUCCAAGCCGAUCUGUACCGACCGCUGAGACUCCCGACGAUCCUGGUGGGAGACAGCAAGCUCGGCGGGAUCGCGACCACCAUCUCGGCCUUUGAGUCUUUGCAUGUUCGGGGCUUCGACGUCGACUCGGUCGUGCUGUUUGACGACCCGGAGUGGGGCAACUUUGACUAUCUCGACCAGUAUUUCCGGCACCACGGCAUCUCCACGUUUGCCCUGCCCAAACCGCCGCCGAAGCAUCAGGAUGGCGAAGAAGACAGGCGCGCCCUCUCGAGCUACUACGGCGGUUGGUCGAAGACGGGUGGCGCCCGAAACUUGGUCGACUUGCUCAACCAAAAGCACUUCUCCCGCGUCUCCAAGCUGACCUCGAUGCCCUCCCAGGCGGAGGCGGUGAUAUGGCACCCCUUCCGCCAGCACGGAAUCCCGCACAACAUCAUCGCCAUCGACUCGGCGUACAGUGACCACUUCCAGACCUACAACCAAGAAGCAGACCCGGCACUCCAGGAGCCCAAGACCAGUGCGAUGUCGGGACUGACUCCGUUGGCGGCACAACCUACCCCCAAAUCGCUCCUCACACCCCUCUUCGAUGCGUCUGCAUCAUGGUGGACACAGGGUCUCGGGCACGGCAAUCCGAACAUCGCGCUCACGGCAGCCCACGCGGCCGGUCGCUACGGCCACGUCAUGUUCGCGCACGCCGUCCACGAACCCGCGCUCGACAUAUCCUACAACCUCUUGUCGACGCUGCAGAAUCCGCGUCUGAGCCGGGUCUUCUUCACCGACAACGGCAGCACAGGGAUGGAGGUCGCGGUGAAGAUGGCGCUCCGGGCCUCCAGCCAGCGAUACGGGUGGACCAAGGACGACGGCGGUGGUGUCCAAAACCCCGUGGCCAUCUUGGGCCUGAAGGGCAGUUACCACGGCGACACCAUCGGCGUCAUGAACUGCUCCGAACCCAGCGUCUUCAACGAGAAGGUGGACUGGCACCAGCCGUGGGGCCACUGGUUCGAUCCGCCGUCGGUGCUGAUGCGGAACGGCGUGUGGGAACUCACGAUGCCAGACGAGAUGCACACCGCGACCGGGCCGCAGCGCUUCGAGUCCCUCCGCUCCCUCUUCGACUUCGAUGCGCGGGCGGAAGACGCGAAACGGUACGAAUCCCACAUCACCGCGACACUCGAACGGCUCGUCCGCGACCAAGGCCGGCGCUUUGGCGCCCUGAUCCUCGAGCCCAUCAUCAUGGGCGCCGGGGGCAUGAUCUUCGUUGACCCCCUGUUCCAACGGACGCUCAUCAAGACGAUCCGAGCCAAUCCCCAGCUGAUCGCAGCCGGGGGCCAAAUGCACUACGCAGCAGAGAGCGGUGGUGGCGGUGUGAUGGAGUGGUCCGGCCUCCCUAUCAUCGCGGACGAAGUCUUCACGGGCCUCUACCGCCUCGGCCGCGCCAGCUCGUCGUCGUUCCUGUGUGCUUCCUCCGACUUCGACGGCCCUGCACCUUCGCCCUCGGAAUCUCCCCAGCCGGCGCUGCCCCCCUCCAUCGCGCCCGACAUCUCCGUGCACGCCAAGCUCCUCACCGCGGGCCUCCUGCCGCUGGCCCUCACCACCGCGAGCGAGUCGAUCUUCAACACGUUCCUCUCCGACUCCAAGACCGACGCCCUCUUGCACGGCCACUCCUACACCGCGCACCCCAUCGGUUGCAUGGUCGCCAACAAGGCCCUGGACGAGUACAGACGGAUGGACACAAGUCGGGACGGCAGUUGGAGCCGCUUCAAGCGAGCUUGGGCGGGGCAGACACAACCAUCAGCGAGAUCCUCAGGGACGGAGGACCGUCCCGACAUCUACUCCUUCUUCCCUCCGUCGCUCCUCCAGGAACUCUCCCAUCAUCCCCGCUUGACCGGCUGUUUCGCCCUGGGCACUGUCCUCGUCCUGAAAAUGGCCGCCCCUCAAGGUUCAAGUGGAGGCUACACUUCGACAGCCUCCGCGGAGCUACAAUCACGCCUGUUGACGUUGCUGGACGAGGACGGCUGUGGGAUCCAUUCGCGGGUCUUGGGGGAUGUGAUUUACUUCAUGACGAGUUUGACUACGACAGCGGAGCAAGUUAAACGACUGGGAAGAACGCUGUUGAAGGCUCUGAAUAUGGGGCCCUGA